GCGGCGACAACAACAAAAAGUGGGAAUCUCUUUAUAACGCUUUCGUCGCUAUCAGCUGAUUUGAGAGAGCCGCGCGAGACGCUUUUCGAAAAAGAGACAAGAGGCUGCUGCAGUUGUCCGCGGAGAAAAGCCAUGAGCUGAGCUUGAGUUUUUCCGAGAGACUACGCAACGUAACGAGAAGUGAAGUGCACAUCAGCUACGAUGAAUCUCGCUAUGGGAAGCCCUAAUGGCAACGGCCUCCUGUACGCCGGUUUCAAUCAGGAUCAGGGAUGUUUUGCUUGUGGUAUGGAAAAUGGUUAUAGAGUUUACAACUGUGACCCACUCAAAGAAAAAGAACGACAUGAUUUUGGAGAAGGUGGCUUGGGCUAUGUGGAAAUGUUGUUUAGAUGCAAUUAUUUGGCCUUUGUUGGAGGAGGAAAGCAACCAAUGUAUCCACCAAAUAAAGUCAUAAUAUGGGAUGAUUUGAAGAAAGCACCUGCUAUUACACUGGAAUUCAGUGCACCAGUAAAAGGAGUAAAGUUGAGGAGAGACAGAAUAGUUAUUGUUCAGGAAGGUGUUAUAAAAGUUUAUACGUUUACUCAAAGUCCACAGCAGUUGCAUGUGUUUGAGACAAAUGCCAAUCCGAAAGGCCUAUGUGUUCUUUGUCCGAACAGUAAUAACUCUCUACUUGCUUUCCCUGGUAGGAAAAAUGGACAUGUACAAGUCGUUGAUUUAGCUAAUACUGAAAAGCCACCACUCAAUAUAGAAGCACAUGAAACACCUUUGUCUUGUAUAGCACUGAAUUUACAAGGAACUAGAUUAGCAACUGCUUCUGAAAAAGGUACUUUAAUAAGAGUAUUUGAUUCUCAAACGGGUACUAUGAUUAACGAAUUGAGACGAGGUGCUAAUCACGCCAACAUAUACUGCAUCAAUUUUAAUCACGACUCGACGUGGCUAUGUGUUGCGAGUGACCACGGGACUGUUCAUGUAUUUGCUGUAGAGGAUCAAAAAUUGAAUCGUCAGUCUAGUUUAGCGUCGGCAACGUUUUUACCAAAAUACUUCAGUUCAAGCUGGAGUUUUUGCAAAUUUCAGGUACCCGGUGGACCCCAAUGUAUGUGUGCCUUUGGCACUGAUAAUAAUAGUAUCAUUGUAAUAUGUGCGGAUGGUAGUUAUUAUAAAUUCAUCUUCAAUAAUAAAGGUGAGUGCACGAGAGACUUCUAUGAGCAAUUUCUCGAAAUGACCGACGAUAAGCUGUGACUCUCAACCGAUCCUUCGAGGCCAAGACAAAGACUUCCAUUUGCGUGAAUAAACUGUGAUUGCCGUGUGCGCAGCAGCUUGUCGCUUCUAUUCCGAGCGCGAUUUUUUCGCUAAUAUAUAUAUAUAUAUAGAUGAAAAAGCGCAUGCUAUUAUAAAUCGUUUCAGUUGUAAGUACCUGGUAAGCGCAAAAAUAAUAUGAAAAUACAAAGAAAAAAUUGUUUUUAUUAUGCGUCUCAUUGCUGCCAGUCAUUCUAAAUGACACGACGAAUAAUAUAAUAUGUUGAUGAAAAAACAAAACGAUUGUAUUAAUGCGUUGAGUACAAAAGCUCAACAUAAGAAAAAAAAUGUUAACGAAUUAUAUUGAAGCAUAAUAAUCAAGUUUGGUGAGCUCUGUUAUAUCGAGUUUUAUGUCAAAAUUUUUAAGGCAAUUUUUUCGAUCAAUGUGAAAAAAUGUAUGCGGACUAAAGUUAACGUCAACACGCGAGUCUUUGAAAUUCAAAAUAAUUAUAACAACUGAGAAACAGUAAUAUGAAAGUAGACCAGACUUAUGAAUAUUGAGUAGAGAAUAUAUAAAUUAUGAAAAUGUUGAUGUAAAUGGUUUUUUUAAUCUUGUUAAUCCGAUUGCCAGAAAAUAGAAUUACUUGAGAUUAACAAUGUUAGUUGUUUAGACAAUUUUGAAUACCGCAGACUUGAAACAUCAUCAACUGAACGAUAUACGUUUGUCUCGAUUGUUGCAUAAAUAUGAAGCACCAUAUAAAGAUUAAAAAUUCUAGUCUACAUACGUAUUUGUUAUAUACUUAAGUACUUGUUGAUAAGUAUAUAUUACGUCCAUAUUGAAUAAUAUUUAUGGAGGGUUAUUUAAGCUUUGCUCUUAAAAAACUUCACUGUACAUAUCAAGUGACUAACAGUCAAAUGUAUGUUGUUUUUCUUUUAACCACUACAGUGCAAUCUUGGAGUAAGAGUUUAAAUAAAUCCUAGAGAAUGCUAAAAAGACUGUUGACGUUAAUUUUAUACUAGGUAUUAAAAAACCAGAAAAAAGCACUGAUAACGAGGUGCAGCGCUUAGCCUAUAUUACAUUGAAAUCGGAAAUGAGCGACAUUAUUGUUGCAGAAUAUUAUUUCUGAUAAGUGGAUUGGUUUUCUUUUUUUUUUCUCUAGCAGCCUUUGAUAUUUUACCAUUAAGUUUUUAGUUUUCUAAAAUAAAAUUUGUAUAUAAUUUAAUAUCUACUAUUUAGUGUAUAUCCAUUAUCGUAACAACAUAUAAUUUCUUUGUACGUUAGGCAGAGAGUAACAAUUUUUAUUUGUAGAUUUUGUUUGAGUGACACAAUGAACAAAUCCGUAGUGCAAAAGUUGAGAAUGUUUCUUACCUUACGUGUGUUUUAUGUAAUUUUGCCGAGUCUUUUUAUUGCACUAUACUUUUUAAGAUAUUUGUAUGAAAUCUAUACUUUGGGGCUGUUAAAUGCUGAUUUUUAAUUCUGUAAUAAUUUUUAC